AUGACGCCAUUUGCCCCUUACAGAACACAGAGAAUAGAAGUGUGAAGCUCAGAAGAAUUAACAAGUUGCAAGAAUUCGGAAAAUAAAUACGUGAGAACUUUAUCCAUCAUUUUAAGAAGUUGCGAGGAUUGUAUAAAUAAAGUCAAGAAGCAACAAAUUGGUUGAAGAAUGGCAGCCGAGGUUGAAGAAAGUACCAACGUAAGAAGUCCUACAGUUGAAAAUAAUUGUCAAGUAAAUAAUGUGAAGUUAUGCGAUCUGAAAGUUGUUGAUUUAAGAAUUGAAUUAGAGAAAAGGGAUCUUGACAAAACAGGUAAUAAAUCGACCUUAAUGGAAAGAUUGAAAAGUGCUCUUAUAGAAGAUGGUGAAGAUCCGGAUGAGUUUACCUUUGAACUUAACAGCGAAUGCCCAGGUACCGCAAAGAAAAAGAAAAAUGCUACAGAUAUGAACGAUUCAGUUGAAGUCGAUAAGAACAGUUAUGAAGAAAAAAACAGUGAUGUAACCCUCCAGCUAUCUAUUGAUGAAGAUGAAGCACAGCUAAAUGAAGAUGAUGUUGUUUUAGAUGUUUCCAAAAGUGAUAGCGAAGCUCAGACAGCUAAAGAUGAUUCUACUCAAAUAAAGACAGAAGAAGAAAAUCAUGUGGUGAACUCUGCGCCUCUUACACCAAUUAAAUCUACAAAAAUAAAAACAGAGGAAGUGAAAGAUAUAAAAAUCACAAAGACAACCCAGACUAAAACUAUUGAAUCAGCACCUACUGUCUCUCCUAAAGUUUUGAAAGUUAUUGGGAAGAAUGAAAAAAAUGAAAAACCCUACUGUAUUAGCCAAAGUUUAUGGAUUACAGGGCUACCUAAUGGUACAAGAGCUGCAGAUUUGAAAACUUUAUUUAGCAAGCAAGGAAGAGUUUUAUCUGUUAAAAUUGUUAUAAGCAAGCAUACUCCUGCAAAAUAUUAUGGGUUUGUUACUAUGGCUACCAGCAAGGAUGCAUCAAAAGCCAUUCAAAAACUUCACCGAACCGAACUGAAUGGAAAAACUAUUUCUGUUGAGAAGACGCAAAGUGAGCCAAGCACAUUGUUGAAGAAAUCAGAAUCAAAAACUAUUACUGUGAACGCUAAAAAACAAACUUUAAAGAAAGAAAGUGUUCCUAAAGUGAGUGCACAGCCCGUGAAAGCAUCUGUAGAAAAUGUAUCUAAGAAAGUAGAAAAUAAAGCUGUAGAAACAAAAUCUUCUCCUGAAUCAGGAAAGCAUAAAGAAGAGAAAAACUUAUCCAAUGACAAGGCUAAAGUUAAAGAAAGGGACAGAAAAACAAGAGAGGUGAAGGACAGAGAAUCACAUCGACCUCCUGUGCGCAGAUCGUCCGGAUUAAGGCCCAGAUCAUAUCCCUAUGGCGAGAAGCAGAGCUAUGGCAGUUAUAGAAGACCAUUUGGCAGACCUUUCGCUGCCCGUUCCAGUUUUCGACCCAGAUCCAGUUUGCUGCUCUAUCAGAAAAUCCGAGAAGAACGGAGGGAAGCAGAAAGAAGAACGGUCGAAGAAAUUUCUCGCCACAGAUACAUAGAGAGGAAGCAAAGAGAAGAAGCUUACCGUUUGGAACGAGAAAAAGAAAAACUGCGAAUUGAGAGGGAGAUUUUAGAGAGAGAAAGGGCAGAAAUACUAAAAUUAGAAAGAGAAAAGCAACGAUUAGAGCGGGAGAGACUAGAAAGGGAAAGAGAAGAGUUGAGGCGUGUGGCAGAAGUAAGGCGAAGCAGCAAGCGCCCCCUGAGCCGAGAGCCGGAACCCUUCUGGGACGAAAGGAAGAAACCCCGCUAUGAAAGCAGAAGCUUUGAAACGUCUCGAUAUGACUUCCCGACGACGAACAGCUCCAGAGAAAGUGGAUACCGCAGUGAUCUUGAUCGAAACCCCGAAUAUGUGGAGAGAGAAGCAACUCGAAGAGAGAUAACGAUUCGUCCAAGAGAAGAGAGGCAAGUCUACAAUCGAAGUAGUGAAUAUAGGGAAAGAGAGCGCAGAAGUUUUCCUCCCAGGGAGAGGCAUCCAUCCUCUGGAGGAAGAAGUAGAGAUGACUGGAAGCACGAAAGAAGAGUUCAUGUUUCGCCCAGCAGCACCAGAGACAGAAGAUUAGCUUACUUUUAAAAUCAUAUUAUGUGAAUGGUUAAAUUGUAUAGUAUAUGAAACCUGCAUUAAAGAAAACAAAAAGAUAUGUCUUGUACAGUUGAUAGUUUUAAAGGAAGAGAAAAUUUUCAUAAAAUCAUACUAUGUAGUCAUCGUGAAAAAUGUAAAUCAUCAAUACCGAUACUGGUGUAUAUGUUGUAUGAUAUAUAGGAAGCCUCAAGCAUUUUCUUUUACUGAAAAAAGAAAUAUAUUUUUAUUCUAAUUAAAUUUGGAACAAAGAAAAAAGGAUUAGGUAUUUAAAGGUAAGAAUUUUUAAAAGCAUGUGUUUGUUCGUAUUUUAAAUGUAGAGAAAUCCCAAAACAUCUUUCGUAUUAGAAAUUGUUCAUUAGUGUAUUGCUUGCCUAUUAAUUAAAAGUCUGGGGGGGGGGAGGGAUCUUCAUCCAAAA